AUGGCGAUACCAUCGAUACCAAGCAUUGCUUGGUAUUCUGGUACACUUGUGAUAACAGCAUGUGUCAGUGCGUUUGUGCUGUCUGUACAGCGUGGGUUAUAUCAUAAGCGCAUUCAAUUAGAAGAUAACCCCAUUGAACAUCAUUUGAAAUUGGAUGUCAAGCGAUCUCCUCAUGUGCCGUACGCUGACUUGAAUCGCCUCAACCGCAUCACCCAUCUCACCGCUCUCUUGGUUGUCCUGGCUGCAUUGGACCUCAAGGCAGAUGUGGAACAACAGCAGCAGCAGCAACAACAAGUCGAUAUGUGGUACAUUUCUUCCUCUGUGUUCAUCUUCAUCUCAUGGUUGUAUGCCUUGGUGCUUGCGCUGAUGUCUCGUCGUUAUCAGUUGCCUAAUCGCUGGGGCUGGGUGCUGAAUGUGCAUCUCUGUAUUCUCUAUUGCGUUGCCUGGGUCGUCUCUGUCUACAAGCUGUGGCAAGCCGCUUCCCUGCAAGAUUUGACCUGGAUCCAAUGUCUCCCUUAUCUGUUGCCUGUUAUUUUUGGCUUGGAUCUCGUCUUUGUUACAAUGACAGUGAAGCAGGGUCCACCCUUCUUGGAUGAACAUGGUCGAGAAGUGUGCAACAUCAAUGUCGAGUCCAUUUUUGGCAUCUUGUUUUUGAAUUGGUGUACUAAAGUUGUUCAAGUGGUCUCUGACAGAAAGGCGCACGUCAGUGACAAAGACUUGCCUACCAUGACACCCAGUUUUCGGGCUCACAAUCUCUUUUAUACAUUUGGUGCCUCGCGUGGAGACAAUUUGAUUCUGAGAUUGAUCAAAGGUAACUCGGGAGCGAUCGCCAUGCAAGUUGGGUUAUCCUUGUUUGCAGCUAUAUUGUACUAUGCGCCUGCCUUUUUCAUGAAUCGUUUGCUUCAGUUCUUGCAAGACUACAACGAUGGUAUUGAUUUUGAGCAUCCUGUGCAGUAUGGUGUCUUGAUUGUUUUGGGAAUGGGUGUUUCCAUUGUCGCUCUGGGUAUCUUUGUGAGUCAGCAAUGGUAUUAUGCGUCAUGUGCUGUCCAAGCCAAGGUCAGAUCCAUGCUUCAUGUUGAAAUUUACAGAAAGUCGCUUCGUCGUCGUGAUUUAUCGAUGGCAGAUGCUAAAGGUAAGAACAGCGAUGCUGCCGAGACCAAGGGUAAAGAAGAAGAAGAAGAAGAAGGUGCUGCUGCUUCUACAGGUGCUAUUGUCAAUCUGAUGGGUACAGAUGCUGGCCGUAUUGUUGACUUCAGUGCCUUGUGGUUUGUCAUUAUCUCUGCCCCUAUUGAGCUGGUGAUUGGUAUUUACUUUUUGUAUCAAUUAAUUGGUAUGGCUUGUAUCUACGGUCUUUUGAUCAUGGUGUUUAUUCUCCCUGUCAAUCAUUUCAACUCAAAAUACUUUGCAAAGACCCAAGACCGCUUGAUGAAGGCGCGUGAUAAACGUGUGUCUUUGAUGACAGAAGUGCUGCAAGGUAUUCGUCAAAUCAAGUUUUUUGCCUGGGAAACCAAUUGGGAAAAACGCGUGAUGGAAGCCAGAGAUGCCGAAUUGACUCAACUUGCUGUAACUUACAUCAAUGGUAUCCUUUUUUCGCUUGUUUGGCAAGGAGCUCCCAUCUUGGUUACGCUGGUCUCUUUCUUUGUAUUCACCAAAAUUCAAGGCAACGAACUCUCUGCUCCUAUCGCAUUCACGGUCAUCAGCAUCUUUAGCGAACUUCGAUUUGCUCUUAACGUGAUUCCUGAGAUCAUGAUCCAGUCCAUUCAAGCCUAUAGCAGCAUCAAACGUAUCCAAAAGUUUUUGGAAGAAGAUGAAAUUGAAUCCGCUGUUCCUCAAGAUCCUCAUCAAAAGGUGGAUUUGAGUUUUGAUAAGGCUACUAUUGGUUGGAAAGCGUCCAACGCCUCGGAUGCCGAUGCUACUGACAAUAUGGAAGACAGCUUUAUUCUUAAGGAAAUCUCUGCCAAAUUCCCCAACGAUGAACUCAGUUUAAUUAGUGGCGCCACCGGUGCUGGCAAGACUUUGAUGUUGCUCGGUCUGCUCGGCGAAGCUGUCUUGUUGGAUGGCAAAGUUGCUUGUCCCCGUGUCCCUCUUGCAGAUUCCAUUGAAUCUGAGAUUGGCUCUGCUACUGCUGAUAUUGACCCUGAAGAUUGGAUUCUCGAUCGCGCUUUAGCUUAUGUCUCUCAAACGCCCUGGUUGCAAAACGCCUCUAUUCGCAACAACAUCUUGUUUGGUUUGCCCUACAUUGAGUCUCGUUACAAGAAAACGCUCUCUGCGUGUGCCUUGGACAAAGACAUGUCCAUUUUGGAAGAUGGUGAUCGCACUGAAAUUGGUGAAAAGGGCAUCACACUGAGUGGCGGUCAAAAGGCGCGUGUGGCUCUUGCUAGAGCUGUCUAUUCUCGUGCAAAGAACGUACUGAUGGAUGAUGUCUUGAGCGCUGUGGAUGCCCAUACGGCUAAACACUUGUACGAGCAGUGUUUGAUGGGUCCCUUGAUGAAGCAUCGUACGCGUAUUCUGGUCACACAUCAUGUGCGUUUGUGUCUCAAAGGAUGUGGCCUUUUGGUGCACAUCACUGGUGGUCGUGCUAGCCAUGUAGGCUCGCCUGCUGAACUGCGUGAAUCUGGCUUACUGGCUCAAAUCAUUGAGGAAGAAGACCAAGAAGCUGAGCAAGAAGAUGCCGAGGUACAAGCUGUAGAACCCGUCAAACCUAUGGUUGAUGAGGAUGAGGACCAAGAAACAGCUGUUCGUACACUGAUUGAAGAAGAAGGCCGUGCUUCUGGUGCCGUCAAAUUCAGACUCUACAAAGUCUACUUUGGCUUGGUCGGUAAAACACUCUUCUGGAUUAUCAUGUGUCUGAUUGUCUUUGGUGGCCGUGCUAUUGAAAUUGGUGAAAGCUGGUGGGUCAAGACCUGGGCUGAAGCUUAUGAUCGCUAUCCUCUAGAAGAUGGCUUCAACUCGACAUUCGUAUCUCUUCAUGCUGCGCUGAACCCUCGUACAUACGCGUUUGGCAGUUAUAUCUUAUCUGGUGCUUCUGAACCUGUAUCUAUCACUGAAAAGCCUGUUCACAGCGGUCCUUCAGAUGGUCAAUUGCAUCUCAACUACUAUUUAGGUGUCUACUGUCUCAUUACCAUGAGCAAUGUAGUUGUAGGUGCUCUUCGUUACGGUUAUCUCUAUUGGGGUGCUCUGCGUGCCAACAAGAGUUUGUAUGCUGGUCUGCUUCAUCGUGUCUUCCGUGCCCCUUUGCGUUUCUUUGACACAACGCCUAUGGGCCGUAUCUUGAACCGAUUCUCCAAGGAUUUCGAAACAGUGGAUUCCAAAAUCCCUACUGAUUUCAUGAUCUUUUGGAUCAACUGGCUGGCCAUCAUCUCUGCUGCUGUCACUGUAUGUUGUGUACUGCCUACAUUUAUUCUGCCCAUGGUGGUGGUUACUAUUGUUAAUGUCUUGAUUGGCAUUGACUAUGUGAACAGUUCUCGUGAAUUGAAGCGUUUGGACUCGGUUACACGGUCUCCUCUCUUUUCCGUGUUCACUGAGACUAUUGCAGGUGUUGCAACAAUCCGUGCUUUUGGUGCUACCCAGCAGUUUUUGCGCACCAUGAUGGAUUGCAUUGAUGCCAAUGCGCGACCCUUCUUUUACACUUGGUCUGUCACGCGUUGGGUUAGUGUACGCUACUCCAUGUCGUCUGCUGCCAUCAACUUUGCCGCUUGUGCUUUUACGCUUUGGAACCUGGGUAAACUGGAUGUCGCUUUGGCUGGUUUUGGCCUGAGCUUUGUGCUGAUGUUCACUGACAGCAUGUUCUGGGGUAUUCGUCAAUACACGAGUCUUGAAAUGAGCUUCAACGCAAUUGAGCGUAUUGUGGAGUUUAUGGAGAUUGACCAAGAAGCACCUGCCAUUACCAGCAUCCGUCCUCCCCCUCGAUGGCCGACUCAAGGCGCUAUCGAGGUCAGGGAUUUGGAGGUGAGAUAUGCUGCUGAUUUGGACCCUGUUAUUCGAGAUCUCUCCUUCUCUGUUAAGCCAAGUGAAAAGAUUGGUAUUGUGGGUAGAACUGGCAGCGGCAAAUCUACACUGGCUCUCUCCUUCUUCCGUUUUGUCGAAGCCUCUGCGGGUUCCAUCAUCAUUGACGGUAUUGAUAUCAAGGAUCUGGGUACUGAAGACCUUCGCUCCAACCUUACCAUUAUCCCACAAGACCCUACCUUGUUCUCUGGCACACUGCGCUCCAACAUGGACCCCUUUGAUCAGUUUGAUGAUGAAGCCAUUUAUGCUGCUUUCCGUCGUGUUCAUUUACUGCCCGAUGAAGAAGACCAACAGUCCUCUGCUGCCAACAGUGUAUGUGAAAGCAACAGCAGUACGCAGGAAGUCAAUACCAAUGUAUUCAAGGAUUUAUCCACCAUGGUCAGUGAGGGCGGUAAGAACUUUUCUCAAGGCCAGCGCCAGUUAUUGUGUCUUGGCCGUGCGCUUCUCAAGCGAACUGGUAUUGUGCUAAUGGAUGAAGCAACUGCAAGUGUUGACUUUGAGACGGAUAAAGCCAUCCAAAAGACCAUUGCCACGGAGUUUUCAGACAGCACUAUUUUAUGUAUUGCGCAUCGAUUGCAUACUGUAAUUGAAUACGAUCGUAUUUUGGUCUUGGAUCAAGGUAGAAUUGACGAAUUUGACAACCCGUAUACACUGAUCAGUAAUUCCGAGUCCUCCUUUUACAGAAUGUGCCGCAACUCUGGUGAAUUUGACAGUUUGUACGAGCUCGCUAAAUCAAAGCAUCAACUUGUUAAUGUGUAG